CCCCCGUAAUUUGGUGCUCAUACUGAGGGUAAUUUCUUGGACGAUACCAGAGCUCUGUCUUCUCUGCACAGACGUCGAGCAUUGAAUCGGGCGCUGGCAUCCGAGCUCCUUUUGCCAGCAAAUCAGCCUGACGGGAUUGGGAAGAAGCGGAAUAUCGCUCAGUUUCUGCUGUCUUAGGUCCAUCUCUUGGACCUGCCGAGCUGGGGUUUGAACUAACUAUGGGGUUCUUUUCUUUUGCAGGGAGAGUUCUUUUCGCAUCCAUCUUCCUUCUCUCCGCCUACCAGGAGUUCAAUGAAUAUGUCAUGGAUGGUGGCCCAGCAGCUCAGACCUUUAGAUCCAAAUAUAAUAUUUUCAUAAGACAUGUUACCACUACUCUGGGAAUGGAAGUGCCUAAAGAUGCAGUCAAAUAUAUUGUUAGUGCUCAUAUUGUGCUGAAAGGAAUUGGAGGCUUGCUCUUCAUCUUCAAUAGUUCAUUUGGAGCUUAUCUGCUGCUUUUUCAUUUGGCAUGGACUGCUCCGAUAAUAUAUGAUUUCUACAAUUAUGACAUAGAAAAGCCAGAAUUUGCACAACUGUUUGUCAACUUCACACUGAAUCUAGCUCUCUUUGGUGCAUUGCUCUUUUACCUGGGAAUGAAGAACUCAAUACUAAAGAGGCAAGGAAAGAGGAGAUCCACCAGACCAAAGACACACUGAAGUGAAGAUAGUCGCCUUUACAACAUCAUGGUCUGAUACUCUGAUUAUUGUUGGUUUCAUGAUACUGGUUGGUGCAUGGCUGAUUUAUGGAACUCGUUUACUGCUCCCAAGGUAAUCUGGGUAUUCUAUACUUGUGCUAUAGACCGUCCCUAAGAAGUACAGGUAAUGCUAUAGGCCCUUUUUGAUGUACAACGAGCCAUUGCAGAAACAUGACAUGUUUGUAUGAUUAGUUCAUUAAUAAUAUUUAUAUAUUGUUUUAGAUUUGCUGA